AAGGUCCCUGUGAAAAUGGGCAGCCAUUACCUGUUCUCCCUGGGCUUGAGCGCAGAGCUGGGGGAAUUGUGCCAAACUGCCCCAGGGCUGCAACGUUUCUGCUUAAGUUUGGGGUUCACUUUUCUUCCUGGCUUUUUGCAGACCAAGUUCCAUUUGGGCGUGAGGUUCUACACGGAGGAGCAGCCAGCCGCAGCCAUUCUGCAUCUGGAGAAGGCUCUGGAGGAAUAUUUUGUGGCUGACGCAGAAUGCCGUGCGCUCUGUGAGGGGCCCUAUGAUUAUGAAGGCUACAAUUACCUGGAAUACAGUGCUGACCUUUUCCAGGCCAUGACAGAUCACUACAUGCAGGUGCUAAGCUGUAAACAAGGCUGUGUCACUGAACUGGCUUCCGAGGCUGGCCAAGAGAAGCCCAUUGAGGAUUUCCUUCCAUCUCACUUCAACUAUCUGCAGUUUGCCUAUUACAACAGUGGGAAUUACGAGAAGGCCAUUGAGUGUGCCAAAACCUACUUGCUUUUCUUCCCGAACGAUGAAGUAAUGAAUCAGAACGUGGCCUACUACACAGCUGUGCUUGGGGAAAAUCUGGCUGCACCAGUUCAGCCCCGAGAAAAUAUCCGGGUGUACCGGCAGCGCAGUCUGCUGGAGAAGGAGCUGCUCUUCUUUAGCUACGAUGUCUUUGGGAUUCCGUUUGUGGACCCGGAUACGUGGACCCCAGAGGAGGUGAUACCAAAGAGGCUGCAAGAAAAGCAAAAGGUGGAGCGUGAGACAGCAGCACGAAUCUCUGAAGAGAUUGGCAACUUGAUGAAGGAGAUAGAGACGCUGGUGGAGGAGAAGACCAAAGAGUCUGUGGACAUGAACAAGUUAAUUCGGGAAGGUGGGCCACUGCUGUAUGAUGGGGUCAGCAUCACCAUGAACUCCAGGAUGUUGAAUGGCUCCCAGCGCGUGGUGGUGGACGGAGUUAUUUCUGAUGAGGAGUGUCGGGAACUGCAGAGGCUCACCAAUGCAGCUGCCUCUGCUGGGGAUGGCUAUCGUGGGAAAACAUCCCCUCAUACUCCCAGCGAGACCUUCUACGGCGUGACCGUCUAUAAAGCCCUCAGGCUGGGCCAGGAGCACAAAGUCCCUGUGCAGAGUGCCUGGCUCUACUACAACGUGACGGAGAAGGUGCGGCGCCUGAUGGAGUCCUACUUCCGCCUGGACACACCGCUCUACUUCUCCUAUUCGCACCUGGUGUGCCGCACAGCCAUUGAAGAUAAGCAAGAAGACCGGACAGACAACAGCCACGAUGUGCAUGUGGAUAACUGCAUCCUCAAUGCAGAGGCCAUGGUGUGUGUCAAGGAGCCCCCAGCAUACACGUUCCGGGACUACAGCGCCAUCCUCUAUCUCAACGGGGACUUCGAAGGAGGAGCGUUUUACUUCACCGAAAUGGAUGCCAAGACUGAGACGGCAGAGGUGCAGCCACAGUGUGGGCGUGCGGUUGGCUUCUCCUCGGGCUCAGAAAACCCUCACGGGGUGAAGGCUGUGACCAAGGGCCAGCGCUGUGCCAUAGCACUCUGGUUCACCCUGGACCCCCGGCACAGUGAACGGGAGCGUGUGCAAGCAGAUGACCUGGUGAAGAUGCUUUUCAGUGCAGAGGAGGUGGACCUGCCUCCGGAGAAGGUGCCAGAAAUGGAGCCGGCAACCACAACAGAUGCUCCCAGCCAGAGUGUGGAAGGAAAGGAUGAGCUAUGAUGCCUGCUGAGGCUCUGCCCUGCUGGGAAGAAUGGCACUAGCUAAAGCAUUUCAGGGCUCCACCUGCCUUGACUGCAGCUCACAGAUGCGAGGCACUUGUCCUGAGCCUCAGAUAACUGACUAGCUCCUUUAAAGCCUCUCAGCAGGAGCAGCAGUAUCUGUGGGCUGCUUUGAUGCCUGGAGUCUGAGCACAGCCGGGGAUGAAAAGGAACCUGCUGGUUUUGCACAGAGCCAGACACCCCUGCCCAGUGCCCACCACACCUGGAUCCUUUGUCACAACCAGGCUCCCGAUCUCCCAUUGCAAGGACACGAAUCCUUGGCUACUGAGGCUAGCCCGUGGUGGGUCGCGUCACAGACAAGGCUGCACCUGCAGUGGGGACUCUCUGCCCCUGGGUGACAAAAGUCCAGGAUGCUGAGGUCAAACACUUUGAGACUUGGUACUUUGGUGUGGGAAAGAGCUGGAGCUGCAGCCAGUGCCCCUCACAGCCCACAGAGGACCUCUGAAUCCAACCCAUUGUGUGCCACAAGUAUUUAAGUGCCUUCUGCAGGUGAUUAGGGAAUAAAGGUUUCUUUUCUAAUA